CGCGCGCAAGUUUCGUUCCUUUUUAUUUAAUUGCUGUUUAUUUAGUUCAGAGUUAAUUCAUUUCACGCCAUUAGAUUAAGUAAUAAACAGUUAAAUUAUUAUUUUGUAGGUAGAGUUUUACAAUGUUUCGAAGGAGUUCGUUUUUGACCCUGCUAGAGAGCUGAAGGUUAGCUCAGCGGGGGAGAGAUCACCAUUCGGUGUACAAAAAUAAAUUUCAACCUUGGGGUCAUUUGUGCGAAAAUCUUUUCCCUACGCCAGGAUCAAUGCGUACAACAUGUUGGUGAACAGCAAAAGUACGGCUUCUAUCAUUCUUUUACUGCUGGUCACAGGCUUAAGGCCAGCCACUGCUUCGUUUCUUGAAUAUAUAUGGCCAACAGAAGAGAACGGUGAUGCUUCAACGGCAGUGGAUUCUCUUCCUUCGGUACCGUACGAGCUAACCAAUGGUGAGGAAAGCUUUAUCCGAGAAGCUUCCAAAUGGAUCGGCACGCACCUCUCCAAACUGGAUCUCUGCCACCAUCGCAUUAUUUUGAAGUUGAAAAAAUCCUGCCACGAGCUAAACGCUGAACAGCUGGGAAAACUUUCUGUGUGGCUUCUCAACUGUCAGUCCGAUUCGGAAGGUCGUCCGGUGUUUCCCUGUACGGAUGAAAUGUCUCUAAGCCAGUGUACCGAAAGGAUGGAUCCUAAUACGUGGAACGCGUAUCAUUUAAUUACGAAUCGUGCGAAGGCGGUUUGUGCUAGCGUACGCCACGAACAGUUCCGUGGACUUACCGAGCUGACGGUAAAUAAGCUCAUGACUACGGCCCAUGAGCAGGUACGGCUAAUGGACGAACUGGCUGAGAGUCAGCAAAAGUUGCAAACAAUCUCAAAGAAAGUGGCUGACGAUACGGAAGGCAACAAUGAACGAAUAAUGCAACAACAGGGCGAUAUAAUGAAGCUAUCCGAGGUGCACCGUGCGAAGGUUGAGUCAAACUAUCGCGAUUUGUUGCGUGAAAAGGGUCUUAUAAAGGCUGGCCAACAAGAAGUCGCAAUGCUGUUGACCGAUCUACGCAAUCGCAUAGCCGAUAGUGUGAUCCAGUUGGAAAUACAAUCGAAGCAGAGCAAAGUGAACCACGACUCACUAUUAACUGACCUGGAGCGAUUGGAAGCGAAUGCGGCAGAAAUAGCGGCCAAAAUAGAACAAACUGGAGUUCACUUUACAUCACAUCAUCGUGCGGUAGAAGAACAGUACCGGUAUACAUUGGAGCAGGUGCAGCGCAUCAACGCCACGGUAGCCAAUAUGCUCGAAUCGCUCAAAAACCUGCAGCAAGAUUUUAACCGUCAGUUAGCUUGGCUGAUGGAAAAGAUCGGUGGUAGCGAAAACAUUCUCCCGAAGCUGAAUGUGAUCCUCAUGCACCUGGGCUACCUUUUACUGGGUAUGAUUUGUCUCGCAUUUGUCGGUGCGGACAAACUGUUGCGAGUUAUUUUUAUUGUUGCCGUGCCGGGAAAUCUGAUCGGUGGAUUGUUGGAAUUAUUCGAACCGGAUUUGCUGCGGCUAACGAUUGGAUUGGGAUGUGUAACUGUUGUAGAUUUAUUGGCACGCUCGGUUAUGAAAUUUAUCGCAUUGCGUGAUUCUUCAGCGGCAGCAGCAGUAGAAGAAACGCCAAAAAAUAGAAAUCGAAAUGUAAACGAACGUAGCUCUCCCAGUAGGCGAUCACGUCCCGCCCAUGAAAGUGAUGAAGAUGUCGAUGAAGUGUACGAUCAUGGUUCGAUGCAACGUAGGAAAAGUGUCACAAGGGAACAGUCGACCAGCUCCAACGGUUUGGAUUCCAUUAGACGAAGUGUUUCACGGUUUGGUGAUGAUUUUCGUAGACGUAGUGUAACUCCACUGGAGGCAUCAUUUGGCGAACGACAGCACUGUACCGCUAUAACGCUUCGUGGUGACCGUUGUCGAGGUUUUGCACUAGCUGGAACAGAGUUUUGCCGCCUGCACGAACCCAGAGGAUUGUGAAAGGUAAGUAGAGGUGGUAGUAUAAUUUUGGUUUAAGUUCGCUGAGUUUAUGUUUCAAAUAAUUGUUCCAUGAUUUGCUUUACCUCGCCGUUAAAAAAUACCUCAGGCAGAAUGAAUCAGGCAGUUCGGAAGGAUUGACAAUUAAAUUUAAUACUUUUUCGAAUUGAUUUGAUUGAGUUCGAUAGUGCAAAAUUUUGUUGCUUUUACUAUAAUUUUAUUGUGUGUUUGAGGCAGAUAGAAUUAAAUGUAGAUUUAUUAAUUGGUUCAAAGCAGCUAAAGCUCAUUUAAGAUAAUUUAUUGUUUUACCUU